GCAAUGAAGUCCUUUUAUCUGACUUCACUAUGCAAAAAAUUGCGGUUUGGCCAUAGAUGCCUGCGAAAACUGACCAGCUCUUCUGAGCCGCUUGAUGUUACUAAGGUUCGCAAUAUUGGCAUCUCUGCACACAUAGAUAGCGGAAAAACGACGAUAUCAGAGAGGAUCCUGUUCUACACUAAUCGAAUUUCAUCAAUGCAUGAGGUUCGUGGAAAGGACGGUGUUGGCGCUGUCAUGGAUUCCAUGGAACUGGAACGGCAACGGGGCAUCACGAUCAAGUCUGCAUCCACAUACACCUCUUGGCGAGGUCACACCAUCAACCUCAUUGACACACCCGGUCAUGUGGACUUCACUGUGGAGGUGGAGAGAGCGCUACGUGUGUUAGAUGGUGCCGUUCUCGUACUCUGUGCGGUUGGUGGAGUUCAGAGUCAAACCUUGACUGUGGACAGACAGAUGAGACGCUAUGGCGUGCCCAAGGUGGCUUUCAUCAACAAAAUAGAUCGUCAGGGCUCCAAUCCAAUGAAGGUACUAAAGCAAAUGCAGUAA